GCCCCCUCGCACAUGAAGAUGUACGCGCAAAGGGCUCUGGUGCUGCUCUCGCUGCUGAGCUUCGCCACCGUGAGCCUCGCGCUGUCCUCCUGCACCACCUUGGACCUCGAGCACAUCAAGAAGAAGCGGGUGGAGGCCAUCCGGGGGCAGAUCCUGAGCAAGUUGCGGCUCACCAGCCCCCCGGAGAGCGUGGGGCCGGCCCACGUGCCCUACCAGAUCCUGGCGCUCUACAACAGCACCCGCGAGCUGCUGGAGGAGAUGGAGGAGGAGAAGGAGGAGAGCUGCUCUCAGGAGAACACCGAGUCCGAGUACUAUGCCAAAGAGAUCCAUAAAUUUGACAUGAUCCAGGGCCUCCCCGAGCACAGUAAGCGCCAGGCGCGCAGCGCCCGGAGGGGAGGCCGGGGGAAGCGCGGA